CAGAUCGGUGCGCACAGCCUCGGCCGUCAGUACGCCUCAGAAGCUCCUCUCUCCCGUAGGUCUGUCUAAAAGGAGCAACUUCAGUCCGUCACUGUGGGUUUGGAAGCAAAAUGAAACGGAGUCACAACUACAGCUCUUCGGACAGCGACCUGGACGACAAUGUGGAAGUGGAAAAAGACAGCGGCGACGAAAACUGCCCCCUGGAUUCCCACGGCUCCAUGUCACCCACUACCACCACCCAAGUCCAAGCCAGGAAAAGGCGCAGAGGGAUUAUUGAGAAGCGUCGUCGUGACCGCAUCAAUAACAGCCUUUCAGAGUUGAGGAGACUGGUGCCAAGUGCUUUUGAGAAACAGGGGUCAGCUAAAUUGGAAAAAGCUGAAAUUUUGCAAAUGACUGUGGACCAUUUGAAGAUGCUUCAUGCUUCUGGUGGCAAAGGUUACUUUGAGGCUCAUGCACUUGCUAAAGAUUACCGCAGCCUGGGCUUCAGGGAGUGUCUGGCAGAGACAGCCCGCUACCUGAGCAUCAUCGAGGGCCGGGACAGUACAGACCCCCUGCGCCUACGCUUGGUUUCCCACCUCAGUAACUAUGCUUCACAGAGGGAGGUGCACACUGGACUGGAACAUUUAGCCUGGGGCUCUGCCUAUGGGACUCCCCCUACCCAUCUACCCCACCCCCUCCUCCUACAACAUCCCCAGGCCAGGACAUCUGCAUCCAGAAGCAACAGCAGUCCAUCUUCCUCCUCUUCUUCCUCAACAUCCUCCUCCUCCUCCACUGAGGCAUCUGCGAUAUCUAGUCUCAGUGUCAUGCCCCCCACAGAUUCACUCAGGGUACCCCCUAAUGGAUCGCUGCCCCUCAGUCUGCCUGUGCCAGCGUCCAAGCUUUCGCCACCCCUCCUCUCAUCCCUCUCUUCACUUUCAGCCUUCCCUCUGUCCUUCGGUGCUUUUCCUCUGGUCUCCCCAACAGCUCUCAGCACAGCCAGCCCCUCCUCCACCCUGUCAAAACCCUACAGGCCUUGGGGCACGGAGAUCGGAGCCUUCUGAAACUAACAACUGGACUGAAGGCAACAGCUGAGCUGUGCCCACCACCACAGACGGGGCAGGUUGUCUUGCCUCAUGUGUUUUUAUGGCAAUAAAACACAGGGACAAGGCGAACUGAUUUUGUUUUAUAAGGAAUACAUGUGAGAGGUUGCUGACGGAUGUAAAUGUCUACCAGUGUGUCAUUACUUAAGUGAAUGAAAGAAUCCUAAAUAAUUUUGUUUUACUCAUUGAAAUUGAUAAUUAAUUUAGGUAACAUGCACUGUCUCCUGGUUGAGGACUGAUAUAACAUAUGGCCCAUGAAUAGAUUUACUGUAAGCACAAAUUUAGAAGUAAACUAUGUAGACCAGAUAGUGAAACUUCUACAUUUGUCAAGCACGGAUACCUGUAUUUAAUAUAAUGUAGAGCUACUUUAUUCGGUCUACUUAUUUAGUAGCAUCAGAACUACAUGGAAAUGAAUAUUCAUAUUAUAUGCACCAUAUUUGAAAAACUAACUACUUGACAAGUGGAUGCUUGCAUUCUUGUAUCUAUUUGUAAUAUUUUUGUACCAAUAAAUUCAGGUUAAGAACAAAA